CAAUUUCAGCAGAACUGUACACAUACAUCUUCUUUAAAAGCAGAGUAUAAAAAACUAAUUCACCAAUACAGUGAAAAUGAACAGUAAGGUCUAAUAUUUAAGACAGAUAGUGAAGUCAACCUUUUAACUUCUUUGUCUUCAUACAGGGAUAAUGUGGAUAUAGCAUUAAAAUUCAGACAUAAAUCUGUCAAAGGCAAAAACCAGCACUUUUAAGUGAGCAUCAGUUUUAUACUGUUAUUAAAGUGAAGCUGGAAUCUGGAUGGAACAAGUUUCAAACUGGGCAUGUGCGGACCCUGCUGUCUCCUGUAUUUAAAUGGAAGCUGCUGCUGCUGCCCUUUGCUAAGCUGAAGAUGGAGUGAAGCAAUCUGAAGCUCUAGGGGGAAACUCUGCACUCCAUCUCACAUUAUUCCAGAGAAUCUAACAAUCAUCUCCUUUACAUACACACACAAAAAGGUAAAUCGGCUGACUGACUUAAAUUCAGAGGAGAGCUUUUCUUUCUUUGUUUUUGCUUAGAUUUUGUUCACCUGAAUAAUCAGCCCAUUCAAAGGGGGAUCUCUAGUCCCUCUGAGGAUCCUGACGGCACCAAAACUGUGGAGUCCUUCAAUGUAUGGAAUGACUCGGAAGCCAAUGCCUACACACUGAUGGACCUGCCUCUUAGAGCCCCAACAAAGAUGACCGUGCAAGAUGUUCCUGGUGCCUUUCCUACAGUGGAUGUCCCAGAUCAUGCCCAUUAUACAGUUGGAGUAGUCAUUCUUAUAGUGGGGAUCACAGGAACUCUGGGUAAUUUCCUGGUCAUCUAUGCUUUCUGCAGGAGCAGGAGCCUUCAGACUCCAGCCAACAUAUUCAUCAUCAAUCUAGCUAUUAGUGACUUCCUGAUGUCCAUUACGCAGUCUCCAGUUUUUUUCACCAACAGCCUCCACAAACGCUGGAUUUUUGGUGAGAAAGGCUGUGAGCUGUAUGCCUUCUGUGGAGCUCUGUUUGGCAUUACGUCUAUGAUCACUUUGAUGGUGAUUGCCUUGGACAGAUAUUUUGUCAUCACAAAACCUCUGGCUUCUGUUGGAGUGACGUCUAAGAAGAAGGCCCUAAUAAUCCUGGUAGGAGUCUGGCUGUACUCUUUGGCUUGGAGCCUCCCGCCCUUCUUUGGAUGGAGUGCUUAUGUUCCCGAGGGCCUGCUGACUUCUUGUUCCUGGGACUACAUGACUUUUACACCAUCAGUCCGCGCCUACACAAUGCUGCUUUUCUGCUUCGUCUUCUUCAUUCCUUUGAUUGUUAUCAUAUACAGCUAUGUCUUUAUAUUUGAGGCUAUCAAGAAGGCCAACAAGUCUGUUCAGACAUUUGGAUGCAAACAUGGAAAUAAAGAGUUCCAGAAACAGUAUCAGAGGAUGAAAAAUGAGUGGAAGAUGGCCAAAAUUGCACUGAUUGUCAUCUUGCUUUAUGUCAUUUCCUGGUCACCAUACUCUGUUGUUGCUCUGGUAGCUUUUGCUGGGUAUUCGCAGGUCCUAACACCCUUCAUGAACUCCAUACCAGCUGUGAUUGCCAAAGCAUCUGUCAUCCAUAACCCCAUCAUUUAUGCCAUCACUCACCCCAAAUACAGAACAGCCAUUGCAACAUACGUUCCUUGCCUUGGAUCCCUGCUGAGAGUUUCUCCUAAAGACUCACGGUCUUUCAGCAGUUAUCCCUCCUCCAGACGAGCAACUGUAACCAGCCAGUCUUCUGAGAUAAGUGGGCUGCAGAAAGGAAAAAGGCGACUGUCUUCUCUCUCUGACAGUGAAUCAACAGCUGUAGAUGCUGAUGACAUAUCCAUGGUGGAACUGAAUGUCACACAGUACCCUGCUACACCUACUCAGCAAACAUAUAAAAAAUGCAACUUGAAGGAAAUCAAGAGAGGUGACAGCCUGAAUGGUAUUGGACAAAGAAAAGGAGAGUCUCACCACAGACCAUCUGCAGCCCAGAUACCCAGCAUUACAAUAACAUACAGCAAUUUCCAAGGAGUAGAGCUGCCUUCUGGAUACAACUCUGGUUUCCUGCACCCCAAGAUCAACAGCCACAAGCAGAACAAAAAGUCCAACAGCUAAGUGAGUGGUGCAAGCCAGAAUGUCACUUUAGCCAAUACCUCUGGAACAACUAUGGACCAGCUGAAUGCAGAAUACCUUCCCACAUUGUUCUGAAACGCUCCUUACAAAGACACAACACAAGACAGGAUAAAAGCAAGAUGAGUAAGCUUUUCAGCAUCAGAACUCUCUCCAGUGGUUCACUUCUUAAUCUGAGUCACAUUGUAAUUUUAUUAUUUCUUCUUUAUGCAGCUCAUGAAACAAUUUCUUUCACUUGGAUUUUACUCUGCUCAGGUAUAUUCCACCACUGCAUGGAUCUUACCUACCAGCCUCCUAGGAUUAACUUGAGAGGAAAAGGAAGUAUGAGAUUCAAAACUGGCCUUUGUUCACUUAAUGUGGUUUAACUUCAAAGCUAUUACAGAGCGAAAGCUGAAAGAUUUGGGGAAAAAUGUACAUUACUUCCUAAGAUGGUUUCUUCAUUAUUGUGAAGUUCUUCAGCCAAAUGAAAACUUAACCACACAGUCACUGCUCCCUUCUCUCAUUAAUGACACAUUUUCCUUCAUCUUCUUCUAUAAUCCAAUUGAAAGGCAAUGCACUUGAGCAGUAAUUUGAAGUCUCAGACCUUUAAUUUCUGAGAUUCUGGGGGAAGAGAAAGGAGUAACACUGAGGAUGAGGCUAUGGUCCUUUCCAUACUUAGCUUCUUUUUGCAACAGUCACUUAGGAGACCAGUUUAACCCACUCUUAGCUGACCUCCCCAGAUCUAUAGCAAAGUAUUAGGAAAUUCCAGACUUUCCUUUAGCAGGUUUCGUGAGAAGAAUGCAGAAUUCAAAGCAAUGUUUGUACUGAAAUGUCUUAUGGGUAAGUCAAUACAUCUGCCAUCUAAUACUUCAAACUGGUUUACCUUAGAUGUGCUUUUCUAAAGUAAAUCUCGGGAGGAGAAGGGUUAGUUCUCCAAAAAUAGUUGUUCUAGAGAUGUGUGGAAUCCACACCAUCCCCACUUUAGCAUUUUAAUUUUUCCCUUCUCUAAACAGCAGCAUUCUUACAGGUGAGGUUUUUUUCCACAGUGACUAAAUCCAUGAGAUUGUACUUAUUUCUCCCAAAAGGAAAAGACUUCUAUGAAAUAGUCAUUUUCUGCUUUUCCCCAGUGCUCCUUCUAGCACAUGAGAAUAAAUGGACAAAAUUAAUUUGCAAACCAUAGCAGUCUACAUCACAAGAAUUUUUAGGUAUAGUCUGUCCACAGUGGGGAUAUAUACCUUCUGAGCCCAGAAGCACAGGGCACAAAGAGCUUUUGAAGCAGUUCUUCCUCAUGGGCCCUCUAGUAAUUCUCCCUUUGGUUGCAAUAAUGGAGGGAACCCAGCAAGUCAUUUUGUCCUAAGUAAAUCAGUUCUUCCUUAUGUCACAUCAGAAGAAGUCAUAAAAUCAAUAAAAAUGUAACCAGCUUAUUCCUUUGAGGGGAGAAAAGUAAUCAGUGGGUUCCAGAAGAUUUGGGGCAUUGUUUUGAAGCAAACUUUUGGAAACUUACUUCAAACUGAGGUUUAUUAAAAGGAAGGCUAUUAAAACUAAAAAUGGAGGUGAUAAUAACUUCUGCAGCAGCCAAAUGUUAGAUCAUGAAAAAGUGGGGUCUUCAGGCUGGUAAUAAACUGCCAAAAGCAACAAACUGUUUGAAAUCCAAGACAUUUUUAUAUAAAUAAAAUCAUAGGCAUUAAAGAUGGAAAGGAGCUACUAUAGUUCUGCCCUUCACCUACCACAACCGGAUAUUGUCUCCAGGCAGAGCACAAUAUUAAACUGAUAAUAUAUACAGCUAGCAAUAAGCAGAAAUAAGAAAGAAAACAUAUCAUCUUCAAACAGGAAGUAUGUUCAAAGAUAUUCAUCAAGUCUAAGGAAUUUUAUUAUGACUUAUUGCUUAGGCUUUUAAAAUUAUUUAAAAACAUGAAGCAUGUAAUUCUUCCCAUCCUUUGUCAUGAAGGCCAUUCACACCAGUGAAAACUGGGAAGAAAUGCUAGCGAAUGCUGCCCAUUUCAUAUGGGUCACAAAAGGCUGAACCUGUCAAGAAAAUAGGUCAAAACUCACACAUGCUGUUUCAUGUGUUAAUAAGAAGUGCAUGGUACGUGUCAUUAAGAGCUAGACCUUUUGCUCCUGUCAUGAUUUUGUUCCCAAGUAGUAUUCUUGAAGACUAUACUCUGCACUAUUCUGCAUUCCCUUCCACUUUUAGAGAGUAUAAAAAGAAAACUUCCAUGGCUAGAAAAGCCUUACGAAUCCACAGCAUGUUGUUCUCUAUAUCCUUCAACUCCAACAUGUACUAGAGAUUAGUUUGUAUCUAUAAAAAGAACUACAGCUGUUCGUGCUUGUCUACUUACAAGAGGCUUGAAAAGCAUAUAUUAAUUAGGGAGAAUUUGUUAGGGAGCACUUCAAAACUCGUGUGUACUCCCUGUGUAACUAACGGCUUUGCAUUCCCUCCACCUCUACUGAGACUCUAAAAAUCAUUUAGGGGAAAGCCUACAAAAUUCAUUUCACCUGAAUAUCUCUCCAAGUGAUUCACACUGUAACCCCAGUGGCAUUUGGAAUAAAUCAUUAUUAGUUCAUA